CCACUAUAGUGUUGCGAAAAUGGCUUUAAUCAACAUCGAUGGAGACCCUUGGUUAACUGAACUGGAUGCGUGCGAAAGUCUAAGCAACGACAUACAAUCUCAGCUAGCGGCACGCAACCGAGAAAAUCAGCUGUCCCGCGAGUAUGGCGUCCUGUCCGGUACGGUGCGCGUUCGUCUGAAGCAGCUCGGCAGCGAGCUGGAUCAGCUAACGCGAAAGCUCGGGCUCAUCUCGAACACACUUACCGCGGGAGAAGCCGAACGACGGCAGCGCAGAAUAGAAGCGCUACAGUCGAAGUUGAUUCAAUUACAGCGUCAAUUCCAGUACGUCGAGCCGGCAGCAGCCCGGUCAGCUUUGUUCGAGACGGGUAGCAAUGGUCGGGGACGAGGAGCUUUCGCCGAUGACGAUGAUGAUGAUGUUCCAGCACUGAUCCCAUCGCAAAGCAACUAUACUGUGGCAGAUUUAAGAUCCCAGCAGACGCGAAUUCUGGAGGAUCAAAAUGAGGGCCUUGAAGCGCUAUCGCAGGUGAUAGCGCGACAAAAGGAGCUCGCGACCAGAAUCGGUGGAGAAGUCGAUCGUCACAAUGACAUAUUGGACGAUUUGGCCCAAACGAUGGAAACGACCGAUGGACGGAUAAAUCGGGAAACGAGACAGAUCGGUGCAAUCACCACACAGGACUCAACCUGGGGCUACUGGAUAGUGAUAGGCGUGCUGUUCGUUGCAAUUGUGGUUGUAGGCAUACUAUGAAUCACGCAAGAGGCUCAUUCUGUGCAACUCUAUAUAAGCACAGUUGUGGCAGUUGUUGUAACACUCCGUUAUCUGGCGUUUAU